UCGUUUUCGCAUGUACUAUCAUAAAGGGAAUUUGUGUUAAUAUAUGACGUACCUUACCUUUGCUAAUUCAUUUAUGUUAAAAUAUCUCUGAUAUUUGAGGAAAUAUCUCUGAUAUUUGAGGAAAUAUCUCUGAUAUUUGAGGCAUACAGACUCAAAUGGAAAUAGAUUGAUUUAAUAACGGUUCAAACAUGGAGUAUGAACAGGAGUAUGAAAGGAAAUAUGCAAGUAGUAUACUAUUAAGACAAGUUAAAGAGCAAAACAAAGAUUUCUGUGAUGUACCCGUGCAAGUUGGAACAUGGGUCAAACGAUUUCACAGUUGCAUUCUAGUGGAGAGUGAAUUCUUCGACAAGUUAUUUCACACAAGCAAAUACAGGGAGCAUGUUACAGGAGUCAUUGAAAUUCGAGAAAGAAGUUCAAAUAUUGUGGAUGCAGCUAUUCAGUUUCUUUAUAAUGUAGAACCUGACUUGGAUAAAGACAAAAUUGGUGACUUUUUAGACAUUGCAGAAUUUCUCAUGAUACCACGUCUCAAAGCCUUCUGUGUGAAAUGGCUUGAUCAAACCAAAAUGUCAAAUGCUCUGAUAGCAAUCUGCCUUCCUUUAUGUACACUCUACGAGCUAGAUGUUCCUUCUGUCAGUGAUUAUAUCAAGAAGAAUCUAAUCGAACUCAUGAAUGGAGUUGAAUUGCUAAACAUUGAUGCAAACUCAUUGCAGAAUAUAUUGUCAGAUCAAUAUCUGUCGUAUGUUACUAUGGACACCAAAUUUAAAUUCUUGAUGAAAUGGGUAAAGGAAGAUUCUUUCAAGCGAAGUCAGUAUUUUGAGCCAUUAUGUGAACUUGUAGACUACUUAAGAAUAAGUCAAGCAACAAUUACCUUGGCGAAACAAGAUCCGUUAAUUGAUUCGACAAAAAUAGUGUCUAAAUAUGAAGACAAACAAAAACACACCGAAGCAUAUAUUGCAAUGAUUGCGAAAUGUCAAGAACUCUGCAAUGACAAAGACAUGAUAAUGAUCUAUGAUGAACAUAAAAAGGAGUGGUUUCGACUAAAUAUCAAUAUGACAUCCCCUAUAAGAAGCAAAUACUUCACUAACACUCACGAUAAAUCAACGUUUUACCGUGUCCGCGAAGAAUCAUCUAAUGAACUCGUAAUAGAGUUGUGUUCUUCUGAUGGAAACAUUGUUGCUGACAGUAGGGUUAUUGUGCAAUCAUACGAGAACAAUGCGACAAACUGCAGUGAUCAAAUAUCUAAGUCCAUAUGCAUAAAUGGAAAUACAUGUGUUGCGACACGCAUUGAUACGUUAGAGGUGGAAAAAAGAGUUGCGGCAUCAUACUUUGAUUGCGAGUACCACAAAAUCCAUAAUGAGCCAUUAGAUCUCACAGUCAAUUGUUUAAAAGAUGACAUUCAUGUCAUGCAACUCUUGAUUGGCCGCAUUGAAACAAAUUCGGAUACAACUAUUCUAUAUCCAAUGUUUUCCAUUAUAUUGGAUGACGAUGAUGCUCUAAUAGACAUUGGUUGCUCUAGUUCGAAAGGUGAUGUGGCCAUGCUCAUAUCAACAUGUCUCUCGACAUCUGUCUUUAUUUACAAUUUAGGUUCGUGCUCCUUGACACAAAUUGAAAUCGUUGAUGUGUCGUCUGAAUUAACGAUGCAUGGCUUUCAAAACGGAUUUGCCAUCGCCGAUGAAAAUGACAUUACUCUUGUCAGACAUACGCAAGAUAGGAGUGUUGUUCAACAUUUCGAGAUUGAGUCCUCGCCUGAUCGGAAGAUGUUUUCAACUGACAAUGCAAUUUAUCGAUAUCAAUACCAUUCAUGUGUGGAGAAUUAUACAUUAGAUAUGACCAACAUAGAGGAAAUAGAAGAAACAAGAAGCUUUGACCACAUCAAUUGGAGACAGUUGACCAGCCCUGAAUUAAAUGUCGAAUGUAUAAAGUCUGUAAUUGUUUUGGAGUUACCUAACAAUAUUGAUCGGUGUCAUUUGCAUUGCCCACAUUGCGAGCAAUUGCCUAGGGGACGCAAAAGGAAAUAUUUUGAUAUCUGGUGGGAUUGUUUUUUUCCCUACUGUCCAAUGUACCAGUCUCAAAUGUUGUCAAAUGAACAAAGCGACAGUGAAAGCGAUAUCAUCACCGACGGAGAUGAAAGUGACCAAUCAUAAUUUGCUGAUUUUGCACGGUGAAACAAGAUGUCUGUUUUAUGUAGGCAAAAAAUAGUAGAAAUAGUGCCAAUACACAGACGAGAACGAACGAUGAUCUGAUCAAACACACUAACAUGAUAUAAAAUGGACAACCUAACAAUACAAAUGACGAACAAAUAAAUGCAGCGAGACGCAUUCAUUCGAACAUUAUCUAAACUCACAUUGCAUAAAAUCAUAUUUUUUAUAAAUGUUUACAAAUCACCGGAUACACGCCGGAAAUCACAACGGUUUAAAAAAAAUGACUUUUUAUCUGCACUUGCAUUAUACUGCAUCAUAAAAUGUCUACAUGUAUUGAACUUGUUUACGUUUUCUGAAAUAAUGCGUGCCCUAAUUUGUGUAUUGAGCAGAUACUAUUAUCUGAUUUCAAAGAAGAACGUUAUUUAUAGACAGGAUACUAGUUUUAAUACAAAUCUAUAAUACAUUGUCGAUACAAUAUUUUUUCGAUGACAAAAGCAACGGAUAAAACUGUUCUAUUAGUAUGAUUCAUAGAAUAGUUACGGGUUUGCAAAUGUAAAGCCUUUUAAAUAUGAAAAGGAUUAUCCGCCAGUACACUCGUUUCGCUUUAUGAGAUUCCAAUUUCAAUUGUUCUUUUGUUAAAUUGAAUUUGAUAUUAGUUUUGGUUAUUGAAGGGACUCAGUGUAUUUCGUAUCUUGAUUAAUAUAAAGGUUUUUUCAAAUAUUACUUUGUUGAACCUUAAAUUUAUUUGUGCACUCGUUUUAGUUUUUCGAUUGUAAACAUAUGUAUGAUUCCCCUUAAAAUUUGUCUUAUACAUUUUAAUUUUACAUAAAACAAUAAAAUUAACAUAAGGAAUUUCAUUUUUAAUCUCUACAAUAUAUGUGUCAAUUCAUUUGUAUUAAAAUGGUACCAUUAAAUAA